AUGAGCAACAUUUUCUCGCACAUACCCUUAGAACGUGAGGUGUUGCCUUUGGCCACUGUGAACCGUUGGUGGAACAAAAUGGCCACCGAACGAUUGUGGUAUAAAUUCCGUGGAUUGAAAAACGAUAAUCGUACAAAAUCCUUCGCGAAAUUCUUAGGCACCUUGAAAUUGGCAAAAGAAGGAAAAUGCUUUCAUAAUUACGGAAAAUAUGUUCGUAUAUUAGAAUUGCCGGAAUUAGACAAACUCAAGAUAAGCCAUCAAACCAUUCUCGAAACUUUAGAUUGUUGUCCGAGGAUUGAAGAAUUUUGUAUCGGAGACAGAAUAUUGGAUAAAGAUCAAGUGUACGAUUUCACUGAGCGUUUACCAAAUCUCAGAUUCUUUAAAUUUUUGGAGUCAGUAGAUAUUAACGACGGAAGAGCGAUGGGUGCACUGGCGCAACAUUGUCCGUACUUGGAAGUAUUGGAACUAAAAAAAGAUAUCGCAUGUGCAGGUGAAGUUUUACUUUGGAUCGUGGAGAAGUGUCAAAAAAUUAGUCGGGUCGAUAUUUUUGAAAAAAAUUACGAAGAUGAGAUCAUGAUUCAAAUUUUUCGAAUGAUUCCAAAUAUAACUUCAUUGACGCUCCAUCAGUGUAUAUCGGUGAGUGAGGAAUUUUUAUUGGAUAUUUUUAAGUUUUGUCCGAAAUUGGUCACAUUAAAAGUAACCAACAUGGCAGAGGUUACAACAGCGUUUGUGCUGGCUACAGCGAAAAAUUUCAAAAACUGUCCGAGAAUCACUGUGUACAAGGUCGAUCGACCGCUGGAUAGUCGUGUGGAGGCUUCGGAACGAGAUUUGAAAGCGUAUCUUUAUGACUGUGAUCUGGCGGAAAUCAUCGAUUAUUACACUAAUAGAAAGGGAAGCUUGGAAGAACUGACAUUGAUAGAGCUUCACCUAAAUAAGAAAUCUUUUGAAGUCAUUUGCGAGAAGUUUGACUUACUUAAACUAGAAUUAAGGAGUAUUACAGGAUUAAAAAAAUCGGAUAUAUUAGGGUCGUUACCAAAUUUAAAAAAUCUGCACACUUUUUUCGUCAGAUUUUCCGAUGUUUCCCCCGAACCGCUGCUGAAUAAGGAUA